UUUUUGGAGCGCGGUGUCGGGUGACUCAUCGACCCUCUGAUUCUCCUCCUUCCCAGAAGCAGCUUCUCGUCAGCCGGACACGUUUCUCCCUCACAGCCGGACAGGAUUGAGAUGUUCCAUUUCAGGUUCUCCACAGCCCUGAAGGAGUGUCUCCAAGCCGCCGUCAAACGUCCCUUUCCCCGCCGCACCGAGCAGAGCUGGUCCGCGGCGCCCGGGAGCCUUCGCCGCUUCGCUUCUGGACCCAGAGAUGCUGCCGCCGCUGCGGCCCUCCGCGCCGCCGCGCCCUUCGCCGCACAGCGCCGCUCCUACUGCGUGAAAACAGAAGGAGCAGCAGCGGAGGAGCUGGAAGAGCAGCUGAAGAAGGAUGGAGGCGAAGGAGAAAAGAGGAGGCAUCCGGGGAUCCUCCCCAGUCUGGAGGACCUGCUGUUCUACACGGUGGCUGAAGGUCAGGAGAAAAUCCCCGCUCACAAGUUCAUGACGGCGCUGAAAGCUACCGGGCUGCGCAGCGGAGACCCCCGCCUGAAGGAGUGCAUGGAGAUGCUGAAGGAGUCGCUGAAGAAGACCCCCGACGGCGUCACGCUGGACCGCCACCUCUUCAAGAAGUGUGUCCAGAGCAACAUUGUCCUCCUCACUCAGGCCUUCCGCAAGAAGUUCGUCAUCCCCGACUUCCAGGCCUUCACCUCCCAUAUUGACCAGCUUUAUGAGAAAGCCAAAAAACUCUCCGGAGGACAGGUAGCAGACUACAUUCCUCAACUGGCCAAGUUCAGCCCAGACCUGUGGGCCGUGUCUCUGUGCACCGUGGACGGACAGAGGCACACGGUGGGCGACACCAAGGUCCCCUUCUGCCUGCAGUCCUGCGUGAAGCCCCUGAAGUACGCCGUGGCCGUCCAUGACCACAGCACGGAGUACGUGCACAGCUUCAUCGGGAAGGAGCCCAGCGGCCUGCGCUUCAACAAGCUCUUCCUUGAUGAAGACGAUAAACCCCACAACCCCAUGGUGAACGCCGGCGCCAUCGUUUGCACGUCCCUCAUCAAGCAAACUGCCAGCAACGCCGAGAAGUUUGACUAUGUCAUGAACUAUCUGAAGAAGAUGGCAGGAGGCGAGUACGUUGGUUUCAGCAACGCCACAUUCCAGUCGGAGCGCGAGUCGGGGGACCGGAACUUCGCCAUCGGCUACUACCUGAAGGAGAAAAAGUGUUUCCCUGAAGGAACCGACAUGACCUCCGUUCUGGACCUGUACUUCCAGCUGUGCGCCAUCGAGGUGACGUGUGAGAGCGCCAGCGUCAUGGCCGCCACCCUGGCCAACGGCGGCAUCUGUCCAAUCACAGGCGAGCGCGUUCUGAGCCCGGAGGCGGUGAGGAACACGCUGAGCCUCAUGCACUCCUGUGGGAUGUACGACUUCUCCGGACAGUUCGCCUUCCAUGUCGGACUGCCGGCCAAGUCCGGCGUGGCCGGAGGCAUCCUGCUGGUCGUCCCCAACGUGAUGGGAAUCAUGUGCUGGUCGCCUCCACUGGACAAACUGGGCAACUCGGUCCGAGGGAUCCAGUUCUGCACGGACCUGGUGGAGCUCUUCAACUUCCACAACUACGACAACCUGAGACACUUCGCCAAGAAGCACGAUCCUCGCAAGGAGGGCGGAGACCAGCGGCAGCAAAUCUUCGGACCCAUGGAUUACGAGAGCCUCCAACAGGAGCUGACUCUGAAAGCUCCGCUCUGGAGAAAAGUGUCUCCCACUGAGACCGACCAGGACAGCUCCACCACUGUAGUCUAUAGGAUGGACAAACCCGCCGAGUGACCACCCCCCCACCCCGGCUCCAGCUCAUAUUUAUUACUGGGAAAUAUGCGGGUCUAUUUAUUGCUGGUGACGCGGGGAAACGCUUGUUUGUUUCUGUUUUAUCGAGGUUCCUUCAGGAUGUUCUUCUCGCCGCCGGUUCUGCAGAAUGAGGCGGAUUCUGUUGCUUUUCCUGGAAAUGGUUCUGGAUGUGGAAACAGGAAGUGUUCCGUGUUCAUGGGGUCUGAACCUGGACGCAGAUUUAUCCCCGUAGAACUCUUCAGGAACCGUUUCAGAUAAAGAUAAAAAAAAAUCUUAAUUUAUGCAGAAAAUAGGAAUAUUGAAGUAUUUCUAAUACUUAAAGGAUGCAGCAUCUCUGCCAGACCCGUUAUCAGACGGUCCGGAUAGCUUUAACCUUUGACCUCCUGCAGAAAACUGAGCUGCAUUUAUACAGUGCUGAGGCUAUAAGCCAGCUCACAGGCAGUGCACAGCAACAGGUGGGGGAGGGACAGACAUUUCCCUUUUUUCGCCUAAAAAAAAAAAACAAAAAAAAAUUUUUUUUUUUUUUAUUCUCAGCUGUAAAUUAAAAACCUGAGAGGUUGAUACCAGGGGCCCCGGGCCCCUCAGGGCCCCAUGAUCUCUGAACAGAUGCAGCGUCCAGCUGCAGGAUGAAUCCUGUCUGUCCCCUGAAGUCGCCCCUGCUACUCUACUGGAUUUUAUUUUGGGGCCUCAGGAGGUGAAGGGGGG